GGCAGCAAGCAGACGGAGAAUGAGGACAAUAAAUUGGACACAUUUCGGCGCGUUUGUGAUGAAAUAGCAGCAGAGUCAAGCUACCUAAAGAAGGUGGACAAACUACAGAAUUUCUUUGAAAAGGGCACUAGUGGCACUGGUUUCGAGGGUGACACAUUGCUGUGGGUGCAGUUCCUGAUACCAGUGGCCAACCAGCGAGUCUACAAUUUGCAGAAUAAGGCGCUGAUAAAACUAUUUUCACGCAUUUUCAAUGCAAACCAGCAGCAAAUGCAUCUCGAUCUCGAGCAGGAUGGUGACGUGUCCGAGACUCUACGCAAGCAUUUUGCUGACUCAACCAAACUCAAACCGCAGAAGCAAAGCAAACUCUAUUUGCAGGAAGUGGAGCGGCUGCUCACCCAGCUCGAGGAGCGCACCAAAGAGGAUGAACAAACGGAACUGUUGCAGGAGCUGUGCAAGAAGGCCACCGACUUGGAUUUACGCACCUUCAUCCGACUGAUUAAACAGGAUCUGCGCAUAAAUGCACGUGCCAGACACAUUCUGGAUGCCUUUGGCCCACUCGCUUAUCCCGCGUAUCAAUCGUCUCGCGAUUUGUCAGCCAUCGUGGAACAGUUUGCGGGCAAAGGAAACAAGGCCUGGGCGCUCAGCAAAGUGAAGCAGACAAAGAAAAUUGGAUCUAGCGGCAGUGGAAUUCAAGUUAUGACUCCAAUAUCGCCCAUGCUGGCCAAUGCCUGCAAAUCUGUGGAGGAGGCGUUCAAAAAGAGUCCCGGCGGGCUGUACGGUGAAGUCAAAUACGAUGGCGAGCGCGUGCAAAUCCAUAAGCAAGGCAUCGAAUUUAAGUUCUUUAGUCGCAACCUAAAGCCUGUGAUGGAUCACAAAAUCAAAGCUCUAAAGGACUAUAUACCGCGUGCCUUUCCCGGCGCUGGAGAUAUGAUUUUAGACUCUGAGAUUAUACUGGUGGACACAGAGACGGAUGCCAUGCUGCCAUUUGGCACUUUGGGUGCGCACAAGAAGCAGACGUACGCCAAUGCUUCGGUUUGUCUGUUUGUCUUCGAUUGCAUACUCUACGAUGGAGACGACUUGACACAGCUUGAGUUCCAUAAACGUCGCAAAAUACUGGAGGAAAACAUCAAACCCUUGAAAUCGCACGUGCAGCUGUCCGAGUCUCAGUUUCUGAAGACCAAGAACGAGCUGGCCAUGAUGACGGCCAAGGUUUUGCAUGCCAAUCUGGAGGGUGUGGUGCUGAAGAGUCCCAAUGGCAGCUACCAGCCGGGCAAGCGCAACUGGCUGAAGGUGAAAAAGGAUUACCUCUUCGAGGGUAAAAUGGCAGACACAGCGGAUCUCGUGGUGCUGGGCGCGUGGUAUGGCUCUGGGAAGAAGGGCGGCGUGCUCAGCAUCUUUCUGAUGGGUUGCUACGAUGCGCGCGAUCAUCUGUGGAAAACUGUGACGAAGGUGCACUCUGGCCUGGACGAUGCCACCAACGCGGAGAUGCAUGACACACUGAUGAAGCUAACGGAGCGAGCCGAUGCCAACAAAAUACCCAAUUGGCUGCUGUGCAAAAAGUCUCUAGUGCCCGAUGUCCUGGCCAAGGAUCCGGCAAGCAUGCCUGUGUGGGAGAUCACUGGUGCUGAGUUUACAAAGUCCGAGGCACACACAGCGUCCGGCAUCUCUAUACGCUUUCCCAGGAUCACACGUUUGCGUAGCGAUAAAACCGCGAAGGAGGCAAAUGAUUUGGCCCAUUUGGAGGACCUGUACGAUGCCUCCAAGAAGAGUGUAAAUGUGGAUCUGCUGCUGGCCAAUUGUGAUAAGGACGCGCUCAAUGCAGAAAAGACGCCACAAAAGAUAAAGCCAGCCGCCAGUACCUGUUCAAGCAGCAACAAAAAGCUUAAGAGAUCGCCCAUUGAAUCGGACGAUGACGACAAGGCAGGUCGGGCGCCAACGAAGACCAAACGCAAGAUACCAAAGCUAGAAAGUAUUUCACCAUCACAAAAAGGCCUCAAAGAUUAUUUCAAAUCCAGCAAAAAAGAAGUUAAAACUGAAAUAAAGCAGGAGGAAAAGGCAAACAGUUCGAAAAAAGUGGAGAACCAGUUAUUUGCGGGUCUGUUGGCACAAUUUGAGAUGAAUUGCGGACUGGAUAAAGUUAAAGAUGAAUUUGUGAGGCACGGCGGUUCCCUCACAACGGAAACAAAAAAAGCCGAUUUGGUUUUCUACGAUAACGAUGCAGAAAAGGCUUUGGAUUUCGACAAACUGAGGUCUCUUUAUCGCCGCAGCUGUCGUCAUCUCAAUGUGCGCUGGCUCCAAUCAUCCAUUCAGCAUCAGAGUCGGCAGCCCUAUCCGAUUUAUGCUGUAUUGCUUAAGCGUUGCUGAGUUUUGCUUUUGUUU